AUCGCAGUGGUGCAGUGGGGGUCUCCAGCCAUGACUGGAGGCAGUGGAGUGACCAUCAGUGAAUAUACAGUGACUGUUGAUGGUGGGAUGACCCAGACUGUCAGCCAUGAUGAUAGUGGGAGAUGUCUUCACUGCCACCAUUACUGUACCACAGUUCAACACCAGCUACAGUGUGUCAGUGACUGCCAUCAACUCUGUGGUCUCUCCAGUCAGCCUGCCACCACCACUGUCUUCAUUGAGGCCAGAGGAGGGAGAGAGGGAGGUGGGGGUGGUGUAUCCAGGAGAGGAGAUGGCAACAGUGGACCUGACUCCAGGAGGGACCAUAUGCUCUUUUCUCUCAACACCUACACCAGUUGUACUGCUACCAUACCAAUGUCUGCAGCAACUACAACAUCUCUAUCACACUCUCUAAUGAUAUCGGGUCUUCUCAACCUGUAUCCAUCAUCUUUAAUCUGCCCCAGUGGAGGUGAGAGGAGGGAGAGAGUCCAGCUGGAGGGCCUGCAGUCGUAGUCAGUCUGAACCCUCUCUGUCGCAGUGUCCCCUACACAGUGGGGCUGUCGUUUGGAGUGAGAGAGAGAACAGUGGAGGGACGUGUCUUCCUCAGCAGAACGUGACAGCCAACAUCCUCCCUGGAACCCCUGUCAUCCUGCCUAUAAUGUCACUACUCUUCCUCUGGCAGAUGGCCAACAAUACGUGUUUUACAGUUCCCCAGCUAAACAUUGAAGGUGAUCUGCCUAUGCCUGUACAAGCACUGUACUGACACUAGAGAAGAGAAGGAGAGCAUAUCAACUGGAGUUGCUGUGGCUAUAACACUGACCAUCUGUUUACUGGUGUUCAUACCUGUGGGUGUGGUCAUUGGUUCCUGUGGGACAUGGUUCGCAAUGCGCAGAGGAGGAGAAAGAGAGAGAGGAAACGAGGAAGAGAAGAGAAAACGAAAAAGCUUGUACGCGUAGCGUAUAUAGGAGAGCCAGUUCAUUCAGUGGCGACUGCCAUUCCUCUCUCUGCGAACCAGGCAUUAUGGCCAGGUCUCCACUCAGAGGUUAGUAGAGGGAGUGGUGCACUGUGUAGCAUAACAAGCAAGGACACCUACCACUUUGUUGCUGUCUAUUAAUGGUUUCAUA